AUGGCGUCGUCCAAGCUGCAGCUGCCGGCUGACGACAGCGUCCUCCUGCUCGUCACCCACUCCAAUCUCUCCACCUUCGCUGCGGACAUCCGCGUCUCGCAACAGACCACCGUCGAGGCGCUCAAGGACAAGCUCUGGCGCAAGACCGGCACCGCCGUCGCCUCCAUGCGUCUCCAGCUCCGCGACGACACCGGCGCCAAGAUCGCCGACCUCGAUGACGACGCCGCGCCCCUCGCGGCCUACGCCCCCUACAACGGCUACCGGAUCCAUGUUGUUGAUCUCGAUCCUUCCUCACUCGCCUCGGGUGGCUGGUUGGAAGACACUUCCCUUGUCGACAAGUACAAAAUGUCCGAUGAAGCAUACGAUAAGCUCGACACAAUCAGAAAAGCAUAUGGAGGAUCUGUGCUCCAAAAUCAAGCAAGUGAUCUAACAAAUGUGUCACAAGUGGGAGAUAGAUGUGAAGUCGAGCCUGGUGCCAAGAGGGGCACUGUAAAAUUUGUUGGUAGAGCUGAAGCCCUUGGACGUGGAUUCUGGGUUGGACUGCAAUAUGAUGAGCCACUUGGAAAACAUGAUGGCAUGUAUGUUGAGUCCUAA